ACUCCAGCCUUGACGAUGGGAAGAUGGAGUCUGUCGUGAUCUAAACGGUGAUACGUGGACAAGCACAAUUUAGGAUUAUUAUAGCCUUGUUAUGGUAACAGUUCCAGUCGGUUCAGGGGGAGGCAGGUGGUGUGAGUAGGGAGUGCAGCAAACAUCAGCAGCAUGUACUCUGAGUGGCGCUCGUUGCACCUGGUGGUGCAAAGUGACCAGGGCCACAUUAGUGUCCUUCACACCUAUCCUGCAGGUGUGGGCAUGGAGGUGGCCAAUGCUGUAGUCAAGCCACUGGGUACGGCUGUUAGCCCUGUGGCCACGGAAAACAUCCUAAAGACAGACAAGGAGGUGAAGUGGACCAUGGAGGUGCUGUGUUACGGGCUCACUCUACCCUUAGAGGGGGACACUGUUAAGCUGUGUGUGGAUGUGUACACAGACUGGAUGAUGGCUCUGGUGUCUCCCAGGGACUCUAUGCCUCUGCCCGUGGUCAAGGAACCCAAUUUGUAUGUUCAGACCAUCCUCAAACAUCUCUACAAUGUCUUCCUACCCAGGCCUGAGAUGCACAGUUUGAACCACAUCAGGCUGUGCCAGCAAGUUCUGACAGCAGUCCAGAAGCUGGCGAGAGAGUCAGUUUCCAUGGUGAGGGAGACCUGGGAGGUGCUGCUGCUCUUCCUGCUCCGUGUUAAUGACACACUACUAGCUCCACCGUCUAUUGGAGUUGGGGUGGCAGAGAAACUGGCAGAGAAGCUGAUGGCAGUAUUGUUCGAGGUGUGGCUACUGGCAUGUGCCCGCUGCUUCCCCACCCCACCAUACUGGAAGACAGCGCGUGAGAUGCUGGCAAAUUGGAGACACCACCCUCCUGUGGUGGAGCAGUGGAGCAGAGUGGCUUGUGCCCUCACCUCCAGGCUGUUGCGUUUCACCCAUGGCCCCUCCUUCCCUCCUUUUAAAGUUCCCGAUGAAGAUGCCAAUUUGAUCCCAGUGGAGAUGGACAAUGAUUGUGUGGCACAGACUUGGUACCGCUUCCUCCACAUGCUCAGCAACCCGGUAGACCUGAGCAACCCGGCGAUAGUGAGCACCACCCCAAAGUUCCAGGAGCAGUUCCUUAACUCCAGUGGCAUCACCCAUGAGGUGGUGCUCCACCCUUGUCUAAAGCAACUGCCGCAGAUCUUCUUCAGGGCCAUGAGGGGCAUCAGCUGUCUAGUGGAUGCCUUCUUGGGUAUAUCACGCCCCAGAGCUGACAGCGCCCCACCCACCCCAGUCAAUAGACUGAGCAUGUCCCCACCUCCCUCUGUCAACAACACCACACCCCCUCAUAACCGCAAGCAAAGACACACUGUGGUCACCAAAACCACCAGCAAGAGUUCAACUGGCAGUGGUGGGCAACCAACCAAGGGGUCCCAGCAGCAGCAACAGCAGCAGACGUCAUCUUCCCCAACCCUACUCUCGAGCCCCAACCAGAGCAGCUGGGAGUCUCGGCCCCUGCCGGCCCCAGCCAGGCCAAAAGUCAACAGCAUUCUAAACCUGUUUGGACAGUGGCUCUUUGACGCUGCUCUGGUCCACUGUAAGCUCCACAGUGGUCUCAGCCGAGACCCCAGCAUGACUGCCAUAGCCACUCAGGUGGGUCUGGAGCUCAGGAGGAAGGGCUCCCAGAUGUCCACGGACUCCAUGGUGUCCAACCCCAUGUUUGAUGCCAAUGAGUUCCCAGAAAGCUACGAGGCAGGUCGAGCUGAGGCUUGUGGGACUCUCUGUCGCAUCUUCUGCAGCAAGAAAACGGGGGAAGAAAUUCUCCCUGUGUACCUGUCCAGGUUCUACAUGGUCCUUAUUCAGGGCCUGCAGAUCUCUGAGUUCAUUUGCAGACCGGUCCUGGCUUCCAUCAUCCUCAACUCUUCCUCUCUCUUCUGCUCUGAUCUAAAAGGCAUCAAUGUUGUGGUGCCCUACUUCAUAGCUGCUCUGGAGACCAUUCUGCCAGAUAGAGAGCUCUCCAAGUUCAAGAUGUAUGUAAACCCCACUGACCUGAGGAGAGCCUCCAUAAACAUCCUGCUGGCCAUGCUGCCCUUGCCACACCACUUUGGCAACAUCAAAUCAGAGGUUUUGCUGGAAGGGAAAUUCAAUGAGGAAGACGGGUGUCCUCAUGACCAGCCUGUGUCCUUCCUGUCUCUGAGACUACGUUUGGUCAACGUCUUAAUAGGAGCCCUGCAGACUGAAACUGACCCCACCAACACACAACUCAUCCUUGGGGCGAUGCUGAAUAUCGUCCAGGACUCAGCGCUGUUGGAGUCCAUAGGUGCACAGACUGAAACGGGUAGUAUAGAUGGGAGUCACAUGACUGUGAGGAGCCAGAACCAUAGCCGUACCAGCAGUGGCAUCAGUUUCACUAGUGGUGGCAGCACUGAGGCCACCAGCCCAGACUCUGAGCGUCCUGCCCAGGCUCUGCUUCGAGACUAUGGUCUUUCAGAUACAGCGGCAGGCCUGUUGGUGCGCAGCAUCCACCUGGUCACCCAGAGGCUGAACUCCCAGUGGAGGCAGGACAUGAGCAUUUCACUGGCUGCUCUCGAGCUGCUGGCCGGACUGGCCAAGGUGAAGGCUGGUGUGGAAUCUGCUGACCGCAAGCGUGCCGUCGGCUCUAUAUGUGGUUACAUUGUGUACCAGUGUAGCCGCCCGGCUCCUCUCCAGUCCAGAGACCUCCACUCCAUGAUCGUUGCUGCCUUCCAGUUUCUUUGUGUGUGGCUCACAGAACAUCCUGACAUGCUGGAUGAGAAAGACUGUUUAGUAGAGGUGUUGGAGAUCGUGGAGCUGGGAAUUUCAGGUAGCAAGUCCCGACAAGAACAGGAAGUCCGGCAUAAAGGUGAGAAGGAGCACAACCCAGCCUCCAUGAGGGUGAAGGAUGCUGCUGAGGCCACGCUAUCCUGUAUUAUGCAGGUGUUGGGGGCCUUCCCAUCCCCCAGUGGGCCAGCCUCCACCUGCAGCCUGCUGAAUGAGGACACCCUCAUUCGCUAUGCAAGGCUCAGCUCCACAGGCGCUAGCAACUUCCGCUACUUUGUCCUGGACAACUCCGUUAUCCUGGCCAUGUUGGAGCAGCCACUAGGCAAUGAGCAGAAUCCCAGUCCGUCAGUGACAGUUCUGAUCCGUGGGACGGCUGGCAGACAUGCCUGGACAAUGCAGCUCUUCCACCAACCCAGAGGCGCACGGGCUAACCAAAGGGUGUUUGUUCCUGAGGGCCGCCCGGCGCCCAACAACGAGGUGGGAAUCAAGUACAACGUCAAGCAGAGGCCUUUCCCUGAAGAGGUGGAUAAGAUCCCCCUGGUUAAAGCUGACGUCAGUAUCCCUGACUUGGAUGACAUUGUCAACAAGGAGCUGGAGAUACAGCAUGACAGGCUGCGUAGCAUGAUGUCCAAACAGAUCGAGUAUGAGAAUGCCCUGGAGCGCCACACGGAGGAUCUUUGGCGAUCUAAACCUUUCCCCGACCCCCAGACCGACUGUAAACCCCCUCCACCCUCCCAAGAGUUCCAGACGGCACGCCUUUUCCUGUCCCACUUUGGCUUCCUUUCUCUGGAGGCACUUAAGGAACCUAACAACAGCCGGCUACCUCCUCAUCUCAUUGGCCUGGAGUCCUCCCUACCAGGAUUUUUUGAUGACAUCAGCUACUUGGACCUGCUGCCUUGCCGACCCUUUGACACUGUAUUUGUGUUCUACGUGAGGGCAGGACAGAAAAGCAGCCAUGAGAUUCUGAGGAAUGUGGAGUCGGCGUCUAGUGUUCAGCCUCACUUCCUGGAAUUCCUGCUGUCUCUGGGCUGGCCCGUGGACGUAGGACACCACCCUGGCUGGACAGGACACCUGGAUACCAGCUGGUCCCUCAACUCCUGCAUUGACAGCAACGAUGUACAGCAAAUGGAAGAGGCAACUACUCCUGAGGACACAGGUGGUUCAGUGUUCAAUGGGGAGAAGAAAGUUCUGUACUACGCUGAUGCUCUGACAGAGAUCGCCUUUGUUGUCCCAUCACUUACUGAGAACUCUGAGGACUCAUCGGUGCACAGUGACUCUACAGCGGAGGCAGAUACCAACACUGACCUCAUGCCUAGCUUGCUGAAACAACCCAAUCUCACACUGGAGCUGUUCCCCAACCACUCUGACAACCUUGAAUCUGCCAAAAAGCUGAGUCCUUUAGUUAAAACCAAGAAGUCAUCCACAGGAAAGUCCUUCCCACUGCUGGGACCUGAAACCAAGGUGUUUGUGGUCUGGGUGGAGCGCUUUGAUGAUAUCGAAAACUUCCCGUUAGCUGACCUCUUGGCGGAAACUAGCACGGGCCUGGAGGCCAGUGUCAGCAACAGCGCCUCUCUCAGGUCAGGGCUACUAGAGAAGGAUGUUCCUCUUAUCUUCAUCCACCCACUGAGGACUGGCCUGUUCAGAAUUAGGCUGCAUGGAGCGGUGGGCAAGUUCGGCAUGGUCAUCCCCCUGGUGGAUGGUAUGGUGGUCAGCCGUAGAGCACUAGGUUUCCUGGUGCAUCAGACUGUCAUCAACGUGUGUCGGCGGAAGAGGCUGGAGAGCGACUUGUACAACCCGCCCCAUGUCCGGCGGAAGCAGAAGAUCACAGAGAUCGUCCAGCGCUACCGCAACAAACAGCUGGAGCCCGAGUUCUACACCUCGCUCUUCCACGAGGUCGGGGAGGGAAGGCCUCAUCUCUGACCCCCACCGCCUCCCUGUAAUCCAAACACUGGCUCAGAAGUGCACACAGGAACAUACGCACAUCCAUAGAGGGACAUAUAUACACACCCAUAUACACGUGUACACACACACACACACACACACACACACACACACACACACACACACACACACACACACACACAGAAUCUCUAUAUUUAUACUGUACUGUUUUGUUAUUUAUAUCAGCACAUAUAUCAACACUGUCUGCCAUUGACUCUCAGAGCAAAGUGUCAAAAACAUAACCAAGGUGCAAAAGGCUAUAGUUCUGUCUCAUCUUCUCAGUUAAGCUCUGGGUGGUGAAGUUAAAAAAUUACUGUUUAUCCUUGUUAAAUUCAUCAGUUCAUGCUCUGUGGCAAAGACUUUCUGCUGUUCUUUAAUUGCAAUAGAAUAGUUGAACUUGCUGAAAUAGUGAAAGAAAAAUGUUUGUUUGGACUUAAAAUCCGGUGAUUGAUUGAAUGCUAUUAGGGCUAUAAUGAUGCAGUUUUGUCCCAAAAUCCAGAUAUACCAUUUUUUUUUUUUUUUUUUUGGAGGGGAUGAGUUUCAGUCACCCAGUCACAGGAUUUAUGAGAUUAAAUUUUGGCCCUGUGAUGAAAUGUGAGAACUUUGAACUACUUCAGAAAUGUUUCGUGAUGCACUGUUCCUGUUGCGGUUGGCUCUGGGUAGAUGGCUUUAACAGGGCGAGGAAAUAAGUGCCAGCAUAAUUUCAUGAGUUUGAUUAACACGGAAUUAUUAUAACCCACAAAUAUCUGCACAAAGUCUUCCUUGCGAGAACGCCGAUUUGGCCAUUGCGGCAAGUGACUGGGCACCCAGAUGUCACUUUUUGUGAAAGGUUUUCUAUAAUUUUACAACUGUUACAUGAGGUUUUUUUUUUUUUACUGUCUAUGAGCAAAUAUAGUUUUGACACCAGAGCUGUUUUGAUUCCACUAGCUGUGGUUUGUGCCAUCAGUCGAGUCAUUCACACAACAGGGAAUGAGUAUCCCUUGAAUCCUACACGUCCUGUAACACUGAAAAAAAAAUGGCCACUUUCAGUGACUAGAAUCUCAAAGCAUUUAGAAGUGAAAUUCUCAAUAAUACAUUUAGGCUUCAAACUCUUGGUCUCAAGAUGUUACCCCUCAACUGUUUUAUUCGUACCAUGUCCGUUAACGUUUGUGUUUACAGAUAGAAGGAAAGUUACUGCCGGAGCCAAUACUUGAUGUCUGCAGGGCUUAACCGUUGUGGACACGCUGACAUGAUUAGCAUUUUUAAUCGCUUUUUGGCAAAGAACCAACAAAAGCAUAGCACAUAAACGCCUUGCACCUCCUAGACAGGAGUGCAUUCUCCAACGUAGCUCAUGGUAAUAUCUCUAACUCACAUUUGGCUGUACAAAACUGCAUCUUUUUUUUCUUUCCUUUUUUUUUUGUUUCUUCCCAGUUCUUAGCCCACAGAGAGUGUUUAUCUGCCAUUCAGUUGUGAUUUCAUUAACAGACGUUUUGUUCCGCUUUGGCGACCACGAAUCAUUUUGGUAACCUUGUGCGUCACAGUAUGUUUCUCCGAUUUUGUUCUCUCACUGUACUUUGGUUUUGAUGCAAGCCCUUUUUACUGUGUGCCUGUAACAAUGUGAAUCUAUUUAUCACAGCGACGAAACAGGACGAACACCUCUACUUUUCUUUGUUAUAUUGAAAUGUCUUAAUGCACUGAGCACGUUUUUCAUUUAUUUUCCUAUUCUUUUUUGGUUACUUUACAUGUUUUUUCUACUUAUUUGCAUUUUUUUUUUGAAAGAAAACCCUGCUGAAGGAAGUUUUAUCUUGUGAAAUAUGAAUGAAGAGACUGCUUUGUCGAGGAGUUUUUAACCUAUCACGUCUAAUUAAUCGUAUGACUCGCUUUUUAAUGACUGUGCUUUGGGCACAUGCCUUUUUGAAGGAAAAGUACAUUGAAUAUGUGUAAAAGACACCACAUACAAUCAGUUAUGCAUUGUAUCCCAAAUUACUCAUUUGGUCUUAGGUCAUAUUUAAGGAUUUGUCAUGUACAGAAAGGGUGGAUAAUAUGUAAAUAUAUGGUCGUGUAAGGCAUACGAGUUCUCUGUUGCAUUUCUCAUUUGAGGUGGCAAAAAAAAAGUUAUAUAAGUAUGCAAUUAUGUAUGGGAGAAUACAAUUGGUAUUGAAUGUAACAUGCAUUAAUUAGAAAUCUCAAUGACCUUUUAAUUUCUUCCUUUCCUAAUAUUUGACUUUUGUUUACAGGAUGUGUAUGAGGAAUAAAAUGAAGUUCCA